AUGGAGAUCCUCGUCGUCGAUGUUCUUGUCUGUGGAGGCGGCAUGUCGGGGCUGGCAUGUGCUGCAUUUGCGGCGGAGGCCGGAGCGAAGGUUCUGGUUGCUGAGAAACAGGCUCAUGUUGGCGGCUCUUCUGCUUACUCGGCUGGGAUGUUCUGGGGUCCCAAAAGUUACGAAAGCCUAAGAUCUUGGGUGCCGAAUGGCGACAUUGAUCUCCAAAAGGCUUGGAUGUCUGACUAUCUGCCGGCUGUCCAGUGGAUGAGACAGAUGGGAGUACCGACCUCGAAUCGAUUUGGUCCGAUCAUGACGAUUGGAAUCGGGUAUCCCAUCAAAAUCCCGUAUCUUCACGACAUGCACCGGAGACGUAUCGAGAAUAGUGGAACGGCAUCUCAGAUCUUCACCAGCACACAAUUAGUGAAGUUAUUGCAAGAAGACCCAGGAGUUCCCGGCUCCAGGGUCAUCGGUGCGAUUUUACGUCGGACCGAUCUCAAGUCUCCAACCGCCGACUACAUUGAAGUACGCGCAAAGCAGGUUGUUCUGGCCACCGGUGGAUUUCAGGGUUCACCAGAUCUCACGUCGAAACAUCUCGGCCCAGGAGGAGACACCAUUUUUGUCCGCUCUAACAAAGGCUCUGUGGGAGAUGGACUGAAUUCAGCUACUUCGGUCGGUGCAGGUACCAGCCGUGGAAUGGGCACCUACUACGGUCAUUUACUAGCAGCCCCUCUUCGCUCCGAGGAUGUUGAUCCUCAAGAUUACCUCCCCCUGGCUCAAUAUCAAAGUAGGUACUGUCUUUUGAUCAAUGAGGCGGGUCGAAGAUUCGCAGACGAAACCCUAGGUGAUGAGAUCGUCAAUCAGUAUCUAGCAAAGCAGGACAAUCGCCGUGGGUUUCUUCUAUUCGAUGAGCGAACCAGACGGAAACAUUGCGUCUCGGCUCUCUUCCCUAACGCUGGAGACGUGGAUCGCUUAGAGAAAGCCCGGGCACAUGGAUGCAACGUUGCCAGUGCUCCGACUAUAGAAGGCUUGUUGAAGGUACUUCAGGAAUGGGGGGUGGACGGGUUCCAGGCAAAACUCACAAUCGAGCAAUAUCAUCGUGCUUUGUCUCAGGCCGACUCCGGCAUUAUCUUGGACGCCCCAGUGGGAAAGGGAGGUAUCCCUCCAGAAUCCCUUCUUGAUGGCGAAGGUGGAUUCUUUGCCAUGGAAGUUCAGCCUUCGAUCACCUUCAGCUACGGUGGCAUAGCAGUGGAUUCAAAUGGCCAUGCUUUGACUGCUGACAAGACCUCUAUUCCAGGCCUCCUCGUAGCUGGUGUGGAUGCUGGGGGCUUCAGUAACCUGGGAUACGCCGGGGGGCUGGCACUAGCUUUUGUAACGGGGUUCUGGGCAGCGAGGACAAUUGCGAGGGAGCUUGGUUUGAGAGAGCCCAAAUUGCCACCUGUAUCAUCGCACGACCGGGAUCUGUUAGCAGCCGCACGGCUGUAG